CCACGAAGCCCUUCCCGUUCGAUUUACCCGACAGAGCACCACCCCCUCCUCGGCACGGCAGAAGACGAGGAAGAAAGAAAGAAAGAAAGAAGAGAAGGGAAACGGACAAAGCCGCCGUUGGAUGAAAACAGCAGUCAACGACAUGCAUCUUCCUUUCCGUCGCUCUCUCUCCCUCUCCUCUCCUCCUCUCCCGUCCCUGCUACUUCUCAUUGCUGCUCGAAACCCCCUCCCCCGGUCCAUUACGAACCGACCAGUGCUAAGAGGGAAGAUCAGCAAACGACCCAAACUGUCAGAAUGGUACCCGGCCCCUCCUCCGGGUGCACGGACUGGAUGCCGGGUCCAGCUCCCGUUUUCCGUGGGGCUCGGACUCUCUUGACGUCUGGUCCUCCAAUACCUCGGUGUCUCUCCGUUCCUCAAUGCUCCUCUAUUACGGAAAACGACCAGGUCGGUCACUUUUUUCCCUUCCUCGUAGGCGAACAUGUGUGUCCGCGGCUGUUCAAGACUGUGCCCUGUCAAAAAGAAUGCCAACCACUUCCUCGGUAUGCAUACGUAGAGAGAAAGAGUAUGUGUCGGUGGAAACUAGUAUCCAAACUGGCCACCUUGACUUCCAGCAGGGUCCUUGAGUCGUGUUUUGUGGUUUUUUUCGCUGUAUUCGUACGUGCGCCCGUCCCAAAAAGACAUGUCAUGUUGGAGCUCCGCUCGCCGUAA